UAUAUAUUAAUAUAGCUCCCCUUUAAAAUGGCCCAAGUCCUUAAUGUGAGUUACUCUACGUGUAGAAGCAAAGAAAUAUUCUUUCAAGUGGAGCUGCAGUUUUGCUGAAUAAUCACGUGUGAAUUUAGGGGCGGGCUCUUGGCAAGCAGUUUUUUACGAGUAUUUACUACAAGGUCUACUCCAGAAGAUUAACCAUCCCAGUCCUUCUGUCAGUCUCCGAUGUCAUGCCUGGUUAAAAAAAACCCCAAACUCACCUUUUUUCGAUCGUCAGUCACCCUAAAGAAUGGCCGAGCCUUUGGGGAACGAGUUGGCGUCCGCAGCUGCAAGGGGGGACCUAGUGCAACUUACUAAUUUGUUGCAAACGAAUGUAAACGUCAAUGCCCAAAAUGGAUUUGGGAGGACUGCGCUGCAGGUGAUGAAACUUGGGAAUCCUGAAAUUGCCAGGAGGUUGCUAAUUACAGGUGCUAAUCCUGAUCUGAAAGACAGUACAGGGUUCGCUGUAAUUCAUGAUGCAGCCAGAGCGGGUUUCCUGGACACGCUGCAGACUUUACUGGAGUUUAACGCUGAUGUUAACAUUGAGGAUAAUGACGGAAACCUGCCAUUGCACUUGGCAGCUAGAGAAGGCCACCUCCCAGUAGUGGAAUUCCUUAUUAAGCAUACAGCAAGCAAGGUGGAACAUCAGAACAAGAAGGGAGACACUGCCUACGACUUGGCUAAGCUGUACAAGAGGAACGAUGUAGUUAAACUAAUGGAAGGCAGCAGUUUAAGGGCAGAAGCGGCAGACAUGAAUUAAAUCAAACACGGACAACUUCUUAGUUGGACAUCAAAGCGUAUAGCCCUUGUUUUUAAUAACAUUUAUUACAACUUAUUUUCUUCUUCUUCUUCUUUAAAUAACUAGUGCAAGUCUGGUGAAACUGAAAAGGUGUAGACUGUGUAGCAAAUGAAUAUAUUUACAAAUCACACCAACAGCAUUGCCCUGCACCUGCCAUCCGCACAAUGCUAGAAGAGACACAACAUGGACACAUGUUGAUCGCUUUUGCUUAGUUCUUGCAGUGUAUAUUUGUGCACUUUCUUCGUUUGUUUUAGGUCACUAAUUCUAAACAAGCUAUAUGCUAAAAUGCUUUAUGUUUCUGACAUUUACUUUUAAAAAACGUUUUACUGUGAUAUUUUUUCUCAAGAUCAUGCUUCACAAUUUUAAGCACUGUCUCUGACAAAACAGGACAUUAAAGGGUGUAGCCUGUGGUUCAGGCAACGCUUGAAUUUAAAGGACGUUUGGCCUGUAAAGACAGCAGGAUGGGGCCCUACAAGUGUCAGGAAAUAGCUGCAUUUGGACACUAAUAAGAGCUUGUAGAACUAGGUAAUUUGCUUUCUAGAUUGAGAUUAUACUUUUCUUUUUCACUGUAUUUAAUCUUUCACAAAUCUGCUUCUGAAAUUGAUUAACAGCAACAAUGUAAGUGGCUUAUUUGUUUGCCAGAGGUUAAAACAGCUAAGCUUGGUUGUUCUGUGCACGGAACAAUACACUUUCCUAGUUUCAAAACAAGCAGCAGACAACCAUUGUCAGAGGAAAGAGUAUAAUAAGGCUGUGAUACCAACAGAGAGAUCCCAGUUUUCUGGUCACUCCACAAUCGAAGAGAAGGUAGACUCUAUUUAAGAAAUAUUUGCUUUCCACCAAACUUUUUAUUUUAAUUAAUCAUUUUACUUAUGCUGCAUCUCACAAAACGUGGAUAUUUGAAUACAAUGGAAUUUAGAGGGAAUCACGUUUGCUUCUCAUAACAUUAUAUUAUCGCUUGCACGUGAAACACAACACAACCCUGAAUAUUUUAAUUGACAAUAUUUUAAUGUUUGAAUAUGGUUGGGAGCAUUUCGGAGACCCACAGUCACGUACCGUCCGAUGCUGCGCGGCGCUGAGCGCCUUCUGCCUCCAUGAAUGCAAUGGGCGCUGACGAUGCUCAGCACCUUGUCGGACUGAGUUUACUGUCAACAUUUUAUACCAUGUUAUAGGUGUUAGUCGUUUGGCAGAUCAGCAGGUUUAAGUGCUUUAUUUUUAAUAUUCUAAACAUUUUAACUGCAUUAAAGAGAUGGAAUCAAAUCAAUGUAAAACGAACACAUUUACAAAUAUCAACAAAAUAGCAUUGAAAGGGGGAAUAUACUUUAGAUAAGAUUAUUUUAAUUUUUCAGCAAAGGUUUUACCCCCCAGAAUCAAUAACCAUUGUUUGAAAACAAAAUUUUUUUUCCAGAAACUGUUUAUCACAUGUUUACUAUACACUCGCUGUCACAUUGCUGUGUUCUUGAUUAAAAACCUCUCUGACAGAU